UCAGUGACGUGGACUUUCAUUGAGGCAGUCAGUGCUGAGAGAGAAAAAGAAAACACCACUACACGUACACAACGUCUCGGGGCUUCACCGAUAACUUUCUCCACGUUAAGAAGUUGGCACCGCUCGUUUCCCGUCCGGUCGAGUCCCCCGCUGCCGUAACAGACUUUACCUCAGGUUAGCAGAAUGAGUAAAAACAGCAAAGUGUUGAACCUGAAGGAUAAAAUCAGCGGUAACGAAGUGGACCUGAGCCUGUGCAACCUCACCGAGGUGCCAGUCAGAGAGCUGGCUUUAUUCACCAAAGCGACUGUUGUGGACUUGUCUUGCAACAACAUCACCUCCCUUCCUCCAGAGUUCUGCAACCUGACCCACCUGGUGAAGGUGGAUCUCAGUAAAAAUCAGCUGACCUGUCUGCCAGAUGACCUGGGGAACCUGGCCAGCCUUCAACAUCUGGACCUGUACAACAACAAGCUGACCGUUCUGCCCGUCAGCGUCUCUCAGCUCAGGAGUCUGAAGUGGUUGGACCUGAAGGACAACCCGCUGGAGGCCGGCCUGGCUAAAGCAGCAGGAGACUGUCUGGACGAGAAGCAGUGCAAACAGUGUGCCACCAAGGUUCUGCAGCACAUGAGAGAUCUUCAGGAUGAGGUUGAUCGCGUACGAGCGAAACGCCUCUUGAGGGAAAAAGAGCUGGAGAGGAAGAGGGAGGUGAAGCAGAAGGAGCGGGAGGCCAAAGACAAGGAGGCUCGUAAACGGGAGAAGGCGGAGGAGAAGGAGAAGCGGAGGAAAGAGUACAACGCUCAGAUGGCGGCCGCGGCUGCGCGGGAACAACAGAAGAAAAAGAACGAGGAGAAGAAGAAAAAGAACGGACAGGCAGCAGCAGACAAAAAGGCGGCUGUGCAAAAGACGGCUAAACCUCGCCGUUCGCUCGUCGGCCUGAUGUUCAAGCUCCUCCUCCUGCUGCUGCUGGGAUUGGCGGGAGUCGCCGCCGCCUGCAGGCUGACCGACCUGCAGAAGGAAGCCGUGUGCGUGCCCGUCAACGUCGCCGUGGACGACGGCUUGUCCUGGGCCAAAGAGCAGGAGGUUGUGGUCAGGCAGCUGGUGCAAAAUCUGUCGUCUGCGGCAAAGGAGUUUCUUGAAUCUACACAACAAGCGUCCAAGAACUAAACCCUCAUCUGCCGCCCAUCAAGUUCCAGAAAUGCAGGUUUUCCUCUCCCACCGGGGAUUUUUUUUUAUUUUAUUUUUUUAAUAUGCUGAAAUCAUGAAUAUCAUUAAGACGGGCAACCCUGCAUCCCCUCACCCUGUUUCUGGUGCUGGGAGGUGGAACGUCUGUACAGAUAAGACAGAGGGGGAUGGACAGGUGUGUUACAAUCUUCUUAAAUUCCUAUGGAAUUGUUGUCGCUUGUACCCUCUUUGUACUGCAGUCUGUUUUUAAGAGAAAAAAAAAAGACUCAUCUUCUUGAAUUUCUCCCCAUCAAACACGUUGUGCACUUCGACCAGCUUUGUGUUUUGGUGCAUCACGUGCAGCGUGGGGAGAGAUGUUCAGUGAAAAGUCAGGUGACCCUGUCUGUGCUGCACUGGAGCGCCGAGUCACAUGUUACCUGCCAGUCAGAGUUGUGCGUGAGCCGGUGUUUUCGAUGUGGCAGUCUGAGCAUGUGCAGUGAAGGCUGUAUGAAUGUAGAGCUCAGUCGCCUGUGGCCUCCUCUGUCUUUAUAGUCUUAAAUCGGUCAAACCAGCUCAAUCUCACAGAUAAUACACACACGUCUGGCAUCAAGUGGAUCUUUAACGUAUCACAGAUUUAAUUGGAUGAUGUGAGUCAAUGUCAGCUGUUUUCCAGCAGUCCAGAAAUGCCAAAGAUGAUCGAGGUCAUUUAGAAACAGUGUUGUCAUUACAUAGUUUGUCCAGCAGAGGGCUCAAUAAAAUGAAUUGAUUUACAAA